UAUCAAACAAUAAAGCAGUGACAAUCCAUUCAGAUCUUUUAAAAAUCAAGAAUAUUCUAAAUCAUCAUUUAUCAGAAUGAUUUUCAGACCAACGAUCCUUCAGUCUUCAGUCUGUUUGUAUUAUCUAAGGCCCUGUCAUGACGGUCUCCUACACACUUGAGGUGGCAGAUGCCAGGUUUGCUGGCUUCUCUAAGCUGCUGUUUCGCUGGAAGGGCAGCAUAUACAAGUUGCUUUAUAAGGAGUUCAUUGUCUUCUGCCUACUAUACAGCGUCAUCAGCAUUGUAUACAGGUGCAGCCUUAACGAAACACAGCAAAAAAUGUUUGAGAAAACUGCACUCUACUGUGAGCAGUUCUCAAAUUUCAUUCCCAUGUCUUUCGUUCUGGGAUUUUAUGUUACACAGGCUUUUAACCGCUGGUGGGGCCAGUACACAAGUUUCCCGUUGCCCGACAACCUGAUGAUGGUGGUGUCCGGCAAUGUCCACGGUGUGGAUGAGAGGGGACGGCUGCUCCGCCGGACUCUAAUGCGGUACGCUAACCUGUCCUCUGUCCUCAUCCUCCGCUCCAUCAGCACACGUGUGCGCCGGCGAUUCCCAACACUGGACCACAUCACGCAAGCAGGCUUCAUGACAGAGAAGGAGCAGAAACACCUGGACCACUUGUACUCCGACUUCAACAAAUACUGGAUGCCCCUGACGUGGUUCUCCAACCUGGCCGCUCAGGCACGGGAGGAGGGACGUGUGAAGGACGACAUCGCGCUUCGCCUGCUCAUGGACGAGCUAAAUAAGUACAGAGCAAAGUGCAGUAUGCUAUUCCAUUACGACUGGAUUAGCAUCCCUCUGGUCUACACACAGGUGGUCACUGUAGCAGUUUAUUCCUACUUUGCUUUCUGUUUGAUUGGACGCCAGUUUUUAAACCCAAAAAAAGAAUACUCUGGUCACUCUCUGGACAUGUAUGUUCCGGUUUUCACACUGCUGCAAUUCUUUUUCUAUGCUGGCUGGCUCAAGGUUGGCGAGCUCAUCAUCAAUCCAUUUGGAGAGGAUGACGAUGACUUUGAAACAAAUCAGCUCAUUGAUAGGAACAUUCAGGUGUCCAUGCUGGCUGUGGAUGACAUGCACCAGAACCUUCCAUUACUAGAAAAGGACAAGUACUGGGUGGAGAAGAGCUUCCCUCUUAACUACACCUCAGCAGAUGAGGCGCUAAAACCAGCCUUCAUGGGUUCCACCUACGAUAUGAGGCUUAUUGGGGAAGAGCCCUCCGAUGCCAACAUACAAAGCUCAGCGGUCAGCAGAUAUCUACCUGUCAAUGUUUGGCCUCCCUCUACACUCAAGAGACGCAACAGAGGUGUGAAGUUACUGUGCUGCAUAGGAAAGGAGUCAAAUGAAGAGGUGAAGGUAGAUGAAGAGGCUCACUGCAAGACACCUGUGCAGAUCCACAUCCUGGAUUGUGAUGUGCAGUUUGCUCAGGAAGGGGAGGGCAUAGGCCAGACAUAUGCCGAGGAACAGGACGCUAAGCUGGACACAACUACAGCAUGAACAGUGCCCAUAUUUUAUUUGUGCAAUUUAAUUUUUUCCCUUAAAUCUGCUAUUUGAUGCCACCUCAAAUCAAGUCUCACACUAAGCAAAACCAGCAUAAAAUGUAAACUUCAAAUAAAAACUUCAA